AUGUCACAAGGAUGGUUUUCGAUGGGAGGAAGUAGCAGCGGAGAUCAGAAGCAGGGGCAGCAGCAAUCGGGUUCGUCUCUGCUCGCUGAUUGGAAUUCUUACGCUGCCUCGAGAGAAUUCGAGGAAAGUGGCGGAAGCUUCGGCUUUGAUAUCGAAUCCGCCGUUAGAUCUGCCAAUGACACUGUUUCGGGCACCUUCAGUGUGGUUUCAAAGGGAGUUAGAGAUAUUCCGGGGAGCUUGCAGUCAGCAACCAGCAGUAUGCCGUCAGGAAAAGCACUCAUGUAUUUCGGUUUAUUUCUCGCAAGUGGUGUAUUCUUCAUAUUCAUUGCCUUCACAAUGUUUCUUCCAGUCAUGGUGCUUAUGCCACAGAAAUUUGCCAUUUGUUUCACCAUUGGAUGUGGAUUCAUCAUUGGAUCGUUCUUCGCACUUCGUGGCCCACAAAAUCAGCUUGCACACAUGUCAUCGAUGGAGGUAUGCUACACUAUUAUGUAUUGA